CAGGGCUCAACAAAAUGGCCGCUCGGAGCGGCGUCCCUCGCCGCGUCCUAGACUUCGCUAUGAUGAGGCCACCUCUGCGGCCUUUUUCGCGCAGCCAGGGCCCGGCCGCCCCUCUCACCGCCAAGCAGCUGGCAGAUAAAAUGCGGGCUGAGAAGCGCAGCCAACAAAAGCCUCAGAAGGAGAUUCCAAAGGACCCGGUACUGAGGCGUGUGCGGGAACUUGCUCAGACAACCCAACAGUUGCAGCGGGUUCAUCCUAACGUGCUGGCCAAGGCACUCAAACGGGGGGUCCUCUACCAGGAUAAAGAGAUUGUGGUGAUUAACAAACCUUACGGCAUCCCUGUUCAUGGUGGCCCCAAGGUGAAGAUGUGCAUCACAGAUGUGCUGCCCGUCCUGGCAAAGAUGUUGGAUGGCAUGAAAGCUGAACCCUUGCACCUGUGUCACCGGCUGGACAAAGAAACCACUGGGGUAAUGGUGCUUGCACGGGACCAGGACACCGCACACCAGGUCCAAGAGUUCUUCAGAACUCGACAGGUGGAAAAGAAGUAUUGGGCAAUCUGCGUUGGCCAACCUAAGCCAUCGGAGGGGCUGGUGGACAUUCCCAUUGUGGAGAAGGAAGUGGAGAGCCAUCAGUCACACCAUAAGAUGGCGCUUGCUCCAAACUAUCGCAUGUCCGAUGAGGAUGGGAAGCUGUUCAAAGUGCGCCAGCACAGAGAUGCCUAUAUGGCAGUGACCCGGUACCGUGAGCUGAGUAGUUGUUCCUCUUGCUCCCUGCUGGAAUUGCAGCCAGUCACAGGAGUGAAGCACCAACUCAGAGUCCACUUGGCCUAUGGCUUAGGCUGCCCAAUCCUUGGGGAUCACAAAUACUCCCACUGGAGCAAACUAGCACCACAGAAGCUCCCUGCGGGUACGUUGAAGAGACUGGGCUUGGAGCAAGUCAAAGCCCGCCAUCUUCCCCUCCACCUCCACGCCUGCCAGCUCACGCUGCCCGAGCUCAGUGGCAGGAGGGAGGAGAAAAUCCACGUGGUCUGCAGACCACCCGUCUUCUUCACGCGUUCCUUAAAGCGACUGAAGAUGGAUUUUCCCGAAUUGGGACAACAGUGAGCAAAGACUGGUGGCCUGAACUACUUUUUUGGAGAAAUGUUUUUCCGUGACUUUUUGGGACCUUAUGGGAGGUGGGGGGCGGGGGUUCCAUGAAGUGCAGAGUGCUUUGGAUCCUGAGAUAGCCAAGUCCAAAACAGAGGUCUGCUUUUCUCAGAAGCAUGGAGCCCUCCAAAGAAUCCUCAUGCUUCUGGCAGGCGCCAUAAAUGGAACUCCACAUUCCCGAGGCCUGUUUGGGGGGGAAAUGGGGCCAUUUAAAGAUUGCGCAGGCCACGUGACUUCCCUUGGUUAUUGAAACAACAGUUAUUUGUGAGGCAAUGUUCCACGCUGGGCGUUGAGAGGCGUCGGGAAGUUAGCCCAGCAGAAACUGCUGCUCUGCUUAAAUAAAUAAUUUGGCUUGUACUGAAUGGAUGUGAUCUUACUGGAGCAGAGUUUUUUUUUAAAAGAGAUGCAAUCAGUUAGGAUGGUGUAGUAGAGCCUUCCCCAGGACCUGGGGCGCUCUAGAUGCAUUGGACUGAAAUGCCCAACCUGCAGAAGGUAAGAGACCGAACAAUGAAUCAGGAAGUCGCUGAUUUGGAUCUUGCUUCUGGUAUGAACUCAGAAGAUCUGGCAAGCCAGUGUCUCCUAGCCUUAGCAGCCAUCACCCCCGCCAGCCAAUCUGCCAUAUUUGCUUCUACAGCUUGGGGAAAAUAACUUUGAUGUGUGAUGUUGGAAGGGUUACAACAAGGUAAUGUAUACAAAUAACUUUGAGCAUUCUAACC